AGAACCAUAUGAAAUGUUUUAGGACCUUCUGCUAGUCCAUACGGUGAAUGGCGCCAAAUUGAGAGCAGCAGCAGCAGCAGCAGCACCGCUUCCUCCAAAGUCCAAAGCUGCCUCAAUAUUACCCAAAAUCCAGAUUGCAUCAUCUGUUAGGGUUUCCGAAAUUAUUCUACUCCGUUUCUCUCUUUUGCCUCUUGCUUCGCUCAUUCGUUUCCUCUCCAUUUCCGCUCUCAGUCUCAUGCAAUCGCAGUUCAUCAAUGUCUCUAUCUCAGAUUGGAUUCUUGGUUCCACUCAAUCGCAAUCUAGAAGAAGACACUUCAACCCCAAAAUUGCCCAUUUCCACUGGCGCCAAUGUCAUCGGCCGGAAUAGCAUCUCCGUCUCAGACAAGAGGCUGAGCCGCAAGCAUCUCACCUUAAUCGCCUCCGGAAAUGGUUCCGUCGAUGCCGUCGUGGAGGGGACGAACCCAGUUGUUGUGGCAUCUGGGAAUCAAAGGAAGAAGCUGCGAACUGGGGAGAAAGCGGUAAUUACCAAUGAUGAUAUUAUAGAGUUGAUCCCUGGACAUUACUUCUUUAAGUAUGUAACAGUGGCUGGUGAGAAAUGUGAGAAAAAAGGGAAUUCCAUGGAUGCACAGAAUAUGGAAUCAAAUGAAGUCAGUCUAAGUCGGAAGCGAAUGCGACAAGUAUCUGAGGACGAGGCUUUUGCAAGGAAAUUGCAGGCUGAGAUGGAAAAUGAUGUCCUUGUACAGGAGAGGUCUUUGGUGACCGGAAAGUCUGGCUACUCGCAGGCUAGUACAGCAAGUAUUCCAUCUUCCCACAUGAACUCAGAGGCCAUUCGUCAUUUUAGUAUUCCUAAAGAUAAUUUACCUUUAACCUAUCGGCUUUUGCGAGUGAAAGAUCUGCCUGCAUGGGCAAAUACAUCUUCUGUUUCUAUAAGGGAUGUAAUUCAGGGGGAUGUGCUCAUUGCUGUUCUUUCAAACUACAUGGUGGACAUCGAUUGGUUGUUAUCUUCUUGUCCAACACUUACUAAAAUCCCUCAUGUGUUGGUUAUUCAUGGAGAGGGUGAUGGUACUCUGGAUCACAUGAAGAAGAACAAACCUCCGAAUUGGAUUCUGCACAAACCGCCACUACCAAUUUCAUUUGGAACGCACCAUUCGAAGGCCAUGCUUCUUGUCUAUCCUCGGGGAGUGAGAAUUAUUGUACAUACAGCAAAUUUAAUAUAUGUUGACUGGAACAACAAAAGCCAAGGUUUAUGGAUGCAAGAUUUCCCUUGGAAGGUCCAAAAAGAACUGAGUAAAGGAUGUGCAUUUGAAAAUGAUCUGAUUGAUUAUCUGAGUGUAUUGAAGUGGCCAGAAUUCACCGCUAAUUUACCAGCUCUUGGCAGCUUCAAUAUCAAUUCAUCCUUUUUCAAGAAAUUCGAUUACAGCAAUGCAGUGGUCAGACUAAUUGCAUCUGUCCCUGGUUAUCACACGGGUUCCAAUCUGAAAAAGUGGGGACAUAUGAAGCUCCGCAGUGUUCUACAGGAGUGUAUUUUUGACAAAGAGUUUCAGAAAUCUCCCCUUGCUUAUCAGUUCUCUUCCCUUGGUUCUUUGGAUGAGAAGUGGAUGACUGAACUAGCAUCCUCAAUGUCAUCAGGUUCCUGUGAUGAUAAAACACCUCUUGGUUUAGGCAAACCCCUGAUAAUAUGGCCUACCGUGGAAGAUGUCAGAUGCUCUUUGGAGGGUUAUGCAGCUGGAAAUGCAAUUCCAAGUCCACAAAAAAAUGUGGAGAAAGAAUUCUUGAAGAAGUAUUGGGCAAAAUGGAAGGCAACCCACACUGGUCGCUGUCGUGCAAUGCCUCAUAUAAAGACAUACACCCGUUAUAAUGGUCAAAACCUUGCUUGGUUCUUGUUAACUUCAGCAAAUCUCAGCAAAGCAGCCUGGGGAGCACUCCAGAAGAACAAUUCCCAAUUGAUGAUCCGUUCAUAUGAGCUGGGAGUACUAUUUUUACCAUCUCCCAUCAACCGUGGUCAGGGAUUCUCUUGUACAGACAAUGGUAGUCCAUCAAAGAAUAAAUGUGGCUUGUCAAAAGACACAAAAUCGCAGAGAACGAAACUGGUGACUCUGACCUGGGAAGGAAACAGAAGUUCAGAUUCAUCUUCUGAAGUAAUUCCAUUGCCUGUGCCAUACGAACUCCCUCCAAAGCAGUACUCCUCUGAAGAUGUUCCCUGGUCUUGGGACAGGCGAUACUACAAGAAGGAUGUUUGUGGUCAAGUUUGGCCGAGACACGUUCAGCUGUACAGUUCCCCAGAUUCCUAACCUUGUUCUUAACGUAUAAUUUGAUUUGCAUCUUCAUCUAGAAUUAGCGACAGUGGAAUGAAGUUGAAUUCAUCUUCUAGUUCUAUUAUGCCCAUUGCCCGGUUGCUAGGCCA